AAUCCUUUUGUUCUUUAAUAAACUGAAGUGCUUAUAAAGGGCAAUUCAUAUACUUACUUCAAGAGUGAAUUCCUUUGUUACCAACUUCUUCAGAGAAAGAGAAAGCACGUCAAGGGUUCUCGAGCCCAGCGGCACGAAGAAUCCACUUCCUGAGAAGAGAUCUCAGCCAUGAUGGGACACAGGGCAAAAUUUGUGGUCAUCUUUAUUUUGUUGGCACUAUCAGGGUUUAUGUUGCUUAUCUCCAACAUCAAAUCUCUGGAGAAUUUUAGAGGGCUGGUCAUUUUCACCAUCAGUGAAAUCCAGAAGAGCGUCCAUUCAGUCUUUCAGCCCACUGAAAUCUUGUUGCCACUGGAGGUAAACCACACAUACUGUGCACACCUUGGCCCGGAGCUCACAGCAGAAGAGGCCAAAGAAGAGAGAUCUCUGCUCAAUUCCAUUGCAUGGCCUGGUCCCUUGGUGCAAGGCCUUCCUGUGGAGUUCAGCAGCGACCCUGCCAAGAGCUACUUUGUGAUCCAGGGCCCAGCAGAGCAACGUGUAGGUGGUCAGCUUGUGGUUGAAGUCCAUGUGCAGAACUUCCAAGGUCUGCCUAAGAAGCAUGGUGGAGAUUUCCUGAUAGCCCGGCUGCAUUCACCCAAGCUUGGCGCUGGGGUUGCAGGGAAGGUGCAUGACCACAAAGACGGGAACUAUACAGUGCUGUUCCCACUACUGUGGGCUGGUGUAGUGCAAGUGGAAAUCACAAUGGUGCACCCCAGUGAGGCAGUCGCGGUGCUCAAGAGAUUUCAGAAAGAACAACCUGACCGAGUGUUUUUUAAAAGCCAGUUCCGUUCUGGUGCCCUCUCAGACUCCACUGAGUGCAAUGUGUGCCUGCCGCUCAACCAAAAGCCAUUCUGCAACUACACUGACCCUUUAACUGGAGAGCCCUGGUACUGCUACAAACCCAAAAUUCUAGGCUGUGACACACGAAUACAACAUCAUAUAGGAGGAUAUAGGACCGACGGCAUUACGGAAUAUGAUGAAAUGUUCUUCCAGAGGGGUGUAAAUCUCAAAGUUCGUAUACCUGCAUCAGUGACGGACCAAGUGACUGUAUUACCUGAAGCACCAGGACAAAUUAAAUUAAAUUACACUGCUGCUGGAUAUUACUAUCAUGAUGCCUGGAGGCCUUUGAAUGGUGCAGUAAUGCGCGAGUUUCCUGAUUCAGCAGCCAUAACACAGUGUCUUAGAGGGAAGAUUCUAUACAUGUUUGGAGAUUCCACUGUGCGGCAGUGGUUUGAGUACCUCACUGCAUUUGUUCCUGAGUUCAACACUCACAGCCCUAAAAGAGUGGGGCCAUUCAUGGCUGUGGACUUCAGAAACAACAUACUGAUGCACUUCCGUCUUCAUGGGCCACCCAUCCGCUGCAACCCUGUUUUCACUUCAAAGCUGCGGCCUCGCAGAAAACUUUGCUCCACCCUCUGGCCUUGCAGAGAACCUCGCUCCCCCUCUAGCUUCUUGGGGAGUACUGAUCCACCUUGAAUUCGUGACAGAACGUAAGACCAUGAUGCCUUCGGCUGAGGACGCCACUCUGAGUUCCUGCUCAGCUGAGGAUGCCACUCCACCUUCCUGCUCGGCUGAGGACGUCGCUCCGACUUCCUGCUCCGCUGAGGACAUCGCUCUGCCAUCCUGCUUGGCUUAGGAUGUCGCCCUGCCUCCAUGCUCUGCUGAAGACAUUGCUCCACCACCUGGUGUGGCCAAGAGUUCCACUUUUCUUCCUGUUCCACCUAGGAUGCCAUUACGCCAGGCUCCACUUCAGACAUUGCUCCACCUUCCUGCAUGGCUGAGGACGCCGCUCCGCCUUCCUGCUCGACUGAGGACGCCGCUCUGCCUUCCGGCUCAGCUUAGGAUGCCACUCUGCUUUCCUGUUUGGCUGAGGACGUCGCUCCGCGUUCCUGCUCAGCUCUUUGCUUCGUGCCAUAUGUUGCUCCCCCUUUCUGCUCCAUGGAGGACAUUGCUCUUUCUUUGCACUUUGCGCCACCUUCUGGCCUUGCGGAGGACUUCGCUCCCCCUCUAGCAUAUCGGGGAGCAUUGCUUCCCCCUCAGGCUCCGCCUUGAACUUCACUCCUCCCACUAGCUGUGCAGUAGCCAUCACUAUGCAUUCGAGCCAGGCCGGGAUAUCAUGUCGUCUCUCCGUGGUGUGGAAGACAUUUUGCCAGAGGGCCAGGACCACCAGGGAAGCGAGUGUUUUCUGUCACUCCGGGAGCAGCGCCUUUUGGGGCAUGUAAAGCAGAGAAGGGACUCUGAACUACAGCUCCCAGCAGCCACUGCACCUCACUGCGUCACAGUCACAUGACCACCUGUACCUGUAUCACGUUCUUGUUAAUGAGCACUAAGGUGUAUAUUGCCACAGUUUGCACUGCACUCUUUGUCUUACGCUUGUCUUUCUUUGCCAUUGUCUUUGUUGCUGUGUUGAAGUCUCUGGUUUAUGUUUAUGGUUUUUGCCAUAGUGUUUUGCCUCAAACUCAUAGGGUAUUUUUGUGUUUUGUUUUGUUCUUUAUUAAACUUUAGUAAUUCUGCACUUGCAUCCGUCUCCACCUUCCAUUUGGAACAUUUUACAGUUUUUGAAAGGAAGGGAGUGGGACUCCUGUCUUCCUGAAUGGCAGGGAGAUUUAUAAGAUGAUGCAACUCCACUGCAGAAAUGUCAAAUGUUUGAAUGAUUUUACUAAAUGUCACCUGAAAUUCACGUGUAAUUGUUUAUUUUGUGAACAUUUUAGCAGAAUUUUAGAAAGAAAAAAAAACAGUAUAAACAACACAUCUCUGUGCUAUUUUUUUUUUUUUUUU